GCGUGCGUGCCGUGAGCUCGCCGGGUACCGCGGCCUCGCCCUCCGCCCCUGCGCCCCGCUACCCAGGCCGCCGCCCCCCGCCCGCGCCGUCGCCCCCGACGGGGAGGACCAUGGCGAAGGUGGAGCAGGUCUUGAGCCUCGAGCCACAGCACGAGCUCAAGUUCCGAGGUCCCUUCACUGAUGUUGUUACCACCAACCUAAAGCUUGGCAACCCAACAGAUCGAAAUGUGUGUUUUAAAGUGAAGACCACAGCACCACGCAGGUACUGCGUGCGGCCCAACAGUGGGGUCAUCGAUGCCGGGGCCUCUCUCAAUGUGUCUGUGAUGUUACAGCCUUUCGAUUAUGAUCCCAAUGAGAAAAGUAAACACAAGUUUAUGGUUCAGUCUAUGUUUGCUCCGCCUGACACUUCUGAUAUGGAGGCCGUAUGGAAGGAGGCAAAACCGGAAGACCUUAUGGAUUCAAAACUUAGAUGUGUGUUUGAAUUGCCAGCAGAAAACGCUAAACCACAUGAUGUAGAAAUAAAUAAAAUUAUACCCACAAGUGCAUCCAAGACAGAAGCACCGGCAGCCACUAAGUCCCUGACGUCGUCUCUCGAUGACACCGAAGUGAAGAAAGUGAUGGAAGAAUGCAAGCGGUUGCAGGGGGAGGUGCAGAGGCUGCGGGAAGAGAGCAGGCAGCUCAAGGAAGAAGACGGGCUUCGGAUGAGGAAGACGCUGCAGAGCAACAGCCCCAUGGCAGCUCUGGCUGCCCCCGGGAAGGAGGAAGGUCUCAGCGCCCGACUGCUGGCUCUGGUGGUUUUGUUCUUUAUCGUUGGGGUCAUUAUAGGGAAGGUAGCCUUGUAGAGGCCGCAUGCGAGGGAUGGCAGAUUGGAUUGAUGGAUCUACCACAUCAUGGGAUUUAAAUUUAUCAUAACCAUGCGUAAAAAGAAAUUAAUGUAUGAUGACAUCUCACAGGUCUUGCCUUUAAAUACCCCUCCCCAUGCACACACAAAUGCACACACAAAUAUAGCAUAAUAUAAUGAUCUUUUAGAAAGUUAAACGUAUAGUAAACAGAUGGGGAAAGAAUGGUCUGUUGCUGAGAUGCUGUGAUCAGCCACAGUGGCAUAUUGUAGCUGUCACCUUAGACUUGGGUGGGCCUUGACACAUGUUGCUAGAUCACCUCUCUUAAAGCGAGAAGCUCUUCCUCACAUGUUGGGGCUAGUCUGUGGGAGCCGGAGUCCUGAAGGUGGGGUGUGCUGUCCUCUCACACCCAGGCAGCCUCCCAGGCCUGCUGUUCUGUCUAAGCAUCAGCUCCUCAGGCCUACAGAAGUACAGAAGCUGGAACGCAUUGAACAGUGGCCAUAUCUUUUGUACCUGUAGGUCAUGAGAGAGAGAGGGACACGAGUAGAUUGACUGACCCAACACUUGGAAAUCCAAGUCUGUGCUCUGUUCUCUUAUAGGGACCAAGCUAAAUUACUGUUGGUUCGUGUAGUGAAAGUGAGAUGUUAAUCAGAGAUGUGUAAUGCAUAUUUAACUUAUUUAAUGUAUUUCAUCUCAUGUGUUCCUACUGUCACCAGAGUACAGGCAGUGCUGCAGCCCGCAUGUCAUGCGUGCUACAGGCCACCAGUGAGGGGCUGCUGCCAUGUGCGCACUGUGUCUCUGUGUCUGGAGGUCUGAGGGAUGGGGAGGGUCUGAGUCAGGAGACGGCUGCCAGGAAGUGUUUUGUUGUAGGUCGGUAACAGCUGCCCUGAGGCAGUCAGCUCUGGAUUACCCGGCCUUCUGGACUGUUCUUUCUCCAUUCUCCCUACUGCUCAUCCUUCAGAGCACAGGCCAGUGCUGACUGGCUGGCCUUCUCAGGAUGAAUGAGUCAGGCUGCAGAGGGCGAGGGGCACAGAGGUCGUGGGGAGAGCUCCUGAGCAAAUCCAUCUGCUGCUGAUGAAGAGUCUUGACUGUGAAUUAAUUCAUGCCGUAAAAGACCGAUCCAGUUCUGCUCAACUAUGUAGCAUCUUAAAGGAAGAGAUUAAAAUAAAGCCCCAAAUUAAGAGUC